CCUUCCCCCCCUCUGGAUCUCCAGAAAGCCGUGGUAAAAGCAACACAUGUGCAAGGCCUUCCUGCCGUCCGACACGCCGUCAGUUUCCAAGGCGCAGUUGAUCUGCUUUCUUGUGAGCUCGACGGCCCCACUCAUUCCUUCAUCUACAAACCGGCUUCAGAUCAACACAUCGUGCCUGCUAAACGAAAUAAUGCGUCCCACGGACCCACGCUCACGGUGUGCGCAUCUCAAACACGAGAGGGUGAUGAGAUGCAAGUCAAGUUCCACAACGAUCUCCUGGCAAAGAGAAUGUUGUUUGAUUCGACCCCCAGACAGCCGUUGGGCCUAGGGAACGAUGAGAGUAGAGUCGGGAAUGCGUGUCGGUCUGCGAGGGAUAUGUGUACAGCGGGGAUUUCAAUGAUGGUGGGAUCUGAUUCCUCUGGACAGGUUAGAGGCUCACAGUUUGGGUUGGGUGUGUAUAUGGAGAUUCUUGCUAUGAUUCACAAGGCUGGGAUUGUCAUUGAUGUGUUGAUAGGCGCUACUUCAUUAAUUGCGGAUCGCUUUGGCUUCGAUGAUAAGGGUAGAAUUGAAGUGGGAAGAAACGCUGAUUUGGUGCCUAUUAAGGGUGAUGUCAGGGAGUUUUUGGCAAAGGAGGAGAACCUUUGCUUGCCCAUGUGUGGAGUGUGGAGAGAUGGAGUGGCCCUACAUGUCUACGAGGAUGUCGUGAAUUAA